CGAUCUCAGCAAGAAACCAGGUACCGCAUGAAGCGAGUCUGACUGUCUGCGUAAUUUGUAAGGUAUAUAUAAACCCAGUAUACUCGUUCCCUUUGCUGCGCCGCUCCUGAUUGUUUCCCGCAUCUUCUCCCUUCUCGAUUGUGUAUAUACCUUUAUUCUUCGAGUAAUUUACCCUUAUUACCGAGCCGGACUCAACGCUAUACCUUCCUUCAACAUCAACAAAAUCAAGUAAACGGAAUCUCAAAAAUGCUCGCCUCAAGCUUCACCGUCUCCGCCAUCGCGCUCUUCGCGUCCCUUGCUCUCGCUCAAUCAACGGCGUCAUCUACUUCCUCCUCGGCGGCAACAACCUCAAUGUCCAUGUCCAUGUCAUCCAUGUCAUCCAUGUCAUCCAUGUCGUCCAUGUCGUCCAUGUCCAUGUCUAUGGUCCCUAUGCCCACUCCGUCAAGGGCGGAUGUUACUAUGGCGUGGAAUGAUGCACCGGCUAGCACAUCUGGAGCGGCCAUGUCGGGGUCUAUGGGAUCGGGUAUGAUGACCAUGUCGGAUGGUAUGGUUAUGCCCAUGUCGACGGGCAGCGCGAUGGGCCUGAUGAACAUGGGAAAUAUGACUGGCAGUGCGGGACGUUUGGAUGUGGGUACUGGAGUUGCGUUUUUGGGAGCUAUGUUGGCGGCGUUCAUUUAGGUGGAUAUGGGGAUGGGAAUGUAAUUUUAUUGUGAGAUUUUUGGUUGAAUGCAUGGGCUGGGGGGGUUGGAAGGGGUUCUUCUGGAGAAACGAUCAAUGGUGGUAAUUCUAGAGUUGGUAACAAACUUAUCAUGUUGAUAAUCGCAUUGAAUUUUUGUUCUUUGGACUAAGAAGAUAGCAUUUGAGAUGUGCGAGAUGUGAGGUCUAGCGGCGUUGAUGUCGCGCAAAGUUGAGGUUGAAAGAAGCAAUUUGGUACCAGGUCCAUCGAUCUUGAUAAACUCUGGAACCGUAGCUUGUUCUUA